AUGUGGUACUCGCUAUGGGGCCGUCGCGUGUCCCACGUCACGGUGUGGAAUGCGCGAGAUCUGAGAAAUCUUGGGAAGCUCCGAGGCUCUGGAAUGCAGCAUUAUGUGCAGCGGCUCCCCAGCCUCCAAGAUUCAAUACCCGGUGUGAUUAUUUCACCAUCGGUCUUCCAGGCGAUCCGCCGGGAAACGCGAAAAACACGCUCUCACGUGACGUAUGUGGCUGCAAUGAAGCGUACGAAGGUCUAUUUUGAGCAUGGCCAUUUCAACUUCGUUUUCUGGCAAACUGACUCUGGGAAAGAAGAAACCUAUGCAUACUCCGAUAUUCUGCUGGGAACAGCCUAUAAUAGCCCUAUUGAUAGCCUUAGUUAA